CAAAACUUUUCCAACCAAUGAGAAGCAAGAUACGGUUAGCGGAAGUAGGUAUAGCUAUUUAAAACAACGCCUUUUUAAAACUCACAUUGAUUUUAUUUAGAAAUGUUUAAUCAUACAUUGAUAUUUAUGUACCUACUCACAUUUUAGGGUAAUGUAAUGUUAUAGGAUAAAUACGAAACAAUAUUAUGAAAAAAUUCCGGAAGUGCCAUACAAGUUUCAUAUUUUAACAAAUAUUUAAAUCUUUCAUUAAUAAAAAUUGCAGUAAGACUAGUAGGUAUUAUAGUUUUAUUUAAAUAAGGAUUACAAAACAAUUGAGGAAUUUGAUUAACUGGCCUGGAAGCAUAAUAUUAAUAGGUAAUAACUUCCGUCUCUACACCGGAACCGAUUAAUGGGAUUCAACUUCAAGCACGCUUUGUGUUUAUAAAUUGGCGCGAAAAGAUAAAAUUACCUGCGAUUAAUCCAUGGUGGACGAUAUGGAAAUGAUGGAAUCUUUAGUAAUAUAGUCCAUACUCCUAUGCCUUAUUUAAUGAUUUAAAUAUUAAUAGACCCAUAGUUUACUAUACUUAUUUCUUAUUAAUAAAAUGCUAUGAAACAUUGUAUGAAACAAAAAUCAUAUUACAUUCGUACCAUCCUUAACGUUAUAUUUAGUCCCGUAGAAAAAUUUGAAAAUUCUUAACUUUUAAAAACAUAAUAAAGACCUAAGUAAGGUAGUUAAACAAGUAUUUAAUGUGAUGAAAAUACUUAUAACCUAAAAAUUUCAUGAAACAAUGGUCAAUUUUCAAACCAUUUCUUGUACUUUAUACGCUGUGCGGUGCUUAUGUACGCAAAGAUGAUGUUUGAAUAUAGUAUCUCUUGUCUUAAUGGUGACAAAUCCACUGCGAUUGAAAGAUAGCAUUGUGUUUGUUUGUGCUAUUGUGAGAAUUUUAUUUACAUUCAAUCCAGUGUGUAGUGAGCGGUUCCGAAGGUAGGACGUUGUCGCCGCGUCCUCGUACGGCUGUAACUUUCACGCAAAAAUAGUAUUUCGUAUGCUUAAGUUUCUCAAUAAGACACUUCCUGUAUUUAUUGACGUAAAAUGUGGAUGUGAACAGUGCAAUUGACUUGUGAAUUUGAAUUGUUUUGUUUCUAGUUUCUCUCUAAUGGGAGAAAUUAAGAUCGGCAGGAUGUUGCUCAGCGCGAUGUGCGUUGUAGCAUGCGCCAGCGCAGCGACCGCUCUGCGCGUGGGAGCUGGCAUCGCUGACGUCACAGGCCCUCCAGCAGAAGUCGCAUUCAUGGGAUACGCGAACUUCGAGCAGGUCGGCCACGGAGUCCACCUGCGCCAGUUCUCCAGAGCGUUCGUGUUUGAGGACGAGGGCAGCGGGCAGAGGGUGGUGUUCGUCAGUGUCGACGCCGCCAUGAUGGGCAACGGAGUAAGGAAAGAGGUGUUAAAAAGACUGCAGAAGCGUUACGGCAGCGUCUACACGGAGCAGAACGUAAUCCUGAGCGGCACCCACACGCAUUCCACGCCCGGCGGGUUCUUGAUGGACUUCCUCUUCGACCUGCCCAUCCUGGGGUUCGUCAAGGAGACUUAUGCCGCCUAUAUCAUUGGCAUUUAUAAGAGCAUAGUGAUGGCUCACAGUAAACUAGCUCCAGCUAGGGUGGAAUAUGGGGAGAUAGAAAUAGUAGAUGCCAACAUAAACAGAUCGCCGACAUCGUAUUUGAGGAAUCCGCCCGAAGAAAGAGCUAAAUACAAAUACGACACAGACAAGACGCUCGCGCAGCUCCGUUUCCUCUCACCUUCGAAUUCCAUCAUCGGCGUCAUCAACUGGUACGCGGUGCACCCCACCAGCAUGAACAAUACCAACAAGUUGAUCUCCUCCGACAACGUGGGCUACGCGGCCGUCUUGAUGGAGAAAGAGCUCAACGGGAACAAUACUCAGCCAGGAAAGGGCAACAUAGUAUGUGCGUUCGCAUCAACAAACCUAGGCGACGUGUCUCCCAACACGCGCGGACCUAGAUGCGAGUACUCCCGCGCCGUCUGCGACCAGGAGUCGUUGCUGUGUAAGGGCAAGAACGAACGAUGCUUCGCGUCCGGCCCCGGACGAGACAUGUUCGACAGUACCAGAAUGAUUGCUACUAAGCUGUUCGAGGGAGCCAUGAAAGUACUGGAACAGCCUGGCGAGGACGUGACGAGUGGGCCCGUGGGCAUGGUUCAUCAGUUCGUGGAGAUGCCCAAACAGGAAGCCUAUGUCUUCGACCCUCUCACUGACACCUUUAACACGAGUGCUAAAGUCCACGGCUGCUUGCCCGCGAUGGGGUACAGUUUCGCAGCCGGAACUACCGACGGGCCCGGCCUCUUCGACUUCCGGCAGGGGACCGUCUCCGGCAACCCAUUGUGGAAUGCUGUGCGGGACUUCCUGGCCGAACCCACGCCAGAAGACGUGGAAUGCCAAGCGCCUAAACCAAUCCUGCUGGCUACCGGGAGGAUGAAGUUUCCGUACGAGUGGCAACCGCGCGUCGUAUCAUGCAGCGUGGCUCGCGUGGGAGGCGCCCUACUGGCCGCUGUACCCGGAGAGUUCACCACCAUGUCGGGCCGUCGCAUGCGGAGACUGCUGGCUUCCACUGCCAGCACUGCGGGCGCCACGCACGUCAUAUUAGCGGGACUGUCCAACGUUUACUCCGACUACAUCGCCACCUACCAGGAGUACCAGGCUCAACGAUACGAGGCUGCUUCUACAAUAUUCGGACCACACACUUUGGAAAUCUAUCUUAACAAAUACAAAGAACUUACCGAGGCGUUGCUUAACGGUACACCAGUGGAGCCGGGUCCGUCGCCGCCAGACUUCAGCGAUCAGCUCAUCACUUUGGUCCCCCCCGUGUUGUGGGACGCGGCGCCGUGGGGUCACGAGUUUGGGGACUGCCUGCGCCAGCCGCGAUCCAGGUACAGCUGGGGGGACACCGUCACUGCUACGUUUGUUUCCGGCCACCCUCGUAACAGCAUCAGGCAUGGCCGAACAUAUAUGACGGUGGAGAAACUGGUAUCUGAACAGGACGACGCGUGGACAGUAGUCGCUACUGACGCCGACUGGGAUACCAAGUACAUAUGGAAGCGCAACUCCAAGAUAUUGGGCACCAGCGAAGCAGAAGUCGAAUGGGAAAUCCCCGAAGGGACUCCCCCGGGAACUUACCGACUCCAUCACUAUGGCAACUACAAGUACAUCCUCGGCGGCAUCUACCCUUACCAUGGCUUCUCAGACUCUUUCGAAGUCACAUAAAGAUUACUCACCAUCAACGAAAGGUUUCCAAAUAUAAAGAAAAGCACCAUGUUUAGCUUAUUCAAUCCGAUUGAGGAUAAUUUUGUUGAUAGAUGUUGCCAAAUGUAUAAUAUAGUCAUAAUUAUAAUAAGAAAGGUGAUUACGUAUUUCGCGUGUAGUGUAAGUAAUUAUUUUUUAUUUUUGAUACAAAUUGUAACAUACGUAACCUACAUAAUACAUAUUAUUUUAUUGAAAUCGUCUGAAGUGCUACAAAAUAAUAAGAACAAAUAGUUAACUCUAUAAACAGCUUUUAAGCUCCUUUAGUUAAGUAAAAUAAUGUCUGGAUUUUCAUGGCCUUUUAAAAAAGGGUAUUUUACUCUACUUGGGAAACAAAUCUUUAAAUGUAUUAUGGCGAUAGUUUAGGCAAAAGUGUUAGUUUCAGUUCAUAAAAUAACCAAAUGAAUUUUUAAAUUCAAUGGUGCCAAUUCUGGCGUGAUUCUCUAAACUUAAAACUAAAUUUAACAUCAGUCUCUCCUUUUCAUUCUAUAUAGAGAGUGACAGGGAUACACUGCUGUCAAAUUUAAGUUUAGGUUUAGAAUGCUAGAAUCGACAC